UUAUGCUUCGUGGUUAUUUUGAAAUGUAAAUUGUAAAUAGUAUAAAAGCGUUGGAUACUCAACCGAAAGACAUCAAUCAGCUAACAACGCUCAGAAGUCAAAAAUCGUUCUUUCUUACGAACACGAAACACAAAACCUAACAAAAUGUACAAAUUGUUUGUCCUUGCUGCCCUCGUCGCCGUUACCGCCGCUGCCCCAAGCCACUUGUAUGAGAGCCCAGUUGUGUACUCCGCUCCAGCAGCCGUUGCCUACCAUGAACCCGUCUUGGCUAAAGUUGGCUCAGUGGUGAAGAGCAUUCCCACCGCUGUCUCUCAUCAAAGCCAGUCGAUUGUGCACAGCUCAGCCCAUGUUGUGGAGGAUGUGGUGGCCCCAGUUGUGAAGACCAGCUAUGUCUCCGCCCCAGUAGUGAAGACCAUCCACUCUGCUCCUCUGUUGCACACCUCAUAUGCCGCAGCCGCCCCCAUCAUCAAAUCAUACGCUGCUGCUCCAGUUGUGCACAGUUAUGCUGCACCUUUGGCUUAUGACACUCACUACUCAUCCUGGUAAACGGACGACGAAAGAGAACAAUAAUGGAAAAAAGAUUUUGUGCACUAAUUUUGUGAUAAAACGGAUACCUUAAUUGUUUAAAAUAAUUAGAUAAUAACGUUGUUGACUUCUGAAUCAGCGAUUUGUUAAUAAAUUAUUAUAUUCAAAAAGUUA